AUUAAAAGUAUAAUUGUGUUUAAGGUUUAUUUUAAAUUGUAAUGGCUACUGAUAAAGUAACUUUGGGUGAUGCUUUAUCCAAUGUUGAUGUACUUGAUGAAUUUACAUUACCUGAUGAACAACCUUGUAUUGAAGCACAACCAUGUUCUGUAGUAUAUCAAGCCAAUUUUGAUACUAAUUUUGAAGAUAGAAAUGGUUUUGUUACUGGAAUUGCUAAAUAUAUUGAAGAAGCUACUGUUCAUGCAAGUCUGAAUGAAUUAUUAGAAGAAGGUUUGAAGCAUGCUGUAAUGCUAUAUACAUGGAGAUGUUGUUCGCGUGCAAUACCUCAACCAAAAUCUAAUGAGCAACCUAACAGAGUAGAAAUUUAUGAGAAGACAGUAGAAGUAUUAGCUCCAGAAGUAAAUAAAUUAUUAAACUUUAUGUAUUUUCAAAGAAAAGCUAUUGAAAGAUUUUCUGGAGAAGUAAAACGUUUGUGUCAUCAUGAAAAAAGAAAAGACUUUGUAUCUGAAGCAUAUUUACUUACUUUAGGAAAAUUUAUUAACAUGUUUGCAGUUUUGGAUGAACUUAAAAAUAUGAAAUCUAGUGUAAAAAAUGAUUAUUCUACAUAUAGAAGAGCCGCUCAAUUUCUUAAAGUGAUGUCUGAUUCUCAAACAUUACAAGAAUCUCAAAAUUUAUCAAUGUUUUUAGCUACACAAAAUAAAAUUCGUGAUACAGUAAAAGAAAAUUUAGAAAAAAUUGCAGGAUACGAAGAAUUACUUGCAGAUGUUGUUAACAUAUGUGUUCAUAUGUUUGAGACUAAAAUGUAUUUGACCCCAAAUGAAAAACAUAUGUUAGUAAAAGUAAUGGGAUUUGGUUUAUUUUUAAUGGAUAGUGAGCUUUGCAAUAUCAAUAAAUUAGAUCAGAAAAAAAAAUUGAAAUUAGAUAGAAUUGAUAGAAUCUUUAAAAAUUUAGAAGUAGUACCAUUAUUUGGUGACAUGCAAAUUGCACCUUUUAAUUACAUUAAACGUUCUAAACACUUUGAUGCAUCUAAAUGGCCAUUAUCUUCUUCAUCAAACAGUAUAAGUCCACAAGCAGAUCUUAUGGUACAUUUGCCACAAAUUAGAGAAGAUCAUGUUAAGUAUAUUAGUGAAUUAGCAAGAUACAGUAAUGAAGUAACUACAACAUAUAAGGAAUGUGGUAGUGAUACAGAAAAUCGAGAAACUGCAGAAUUAGCAUUACGUGGAUUACAAUUACUUUCCCAAUGGACGAGUGUUGUAACAGAACUUUAUAGUUGGAAACUUUUACAUCCUACUGAUCAUCACAUGAAUAAAGAAUGUCCUCAAGAAGCUGAAGAAUAUGAAAGAGCUACACGUUAUAAUUAUACAGAUGAAGAGAAAUUUGCUUUAAUAGAAGUUAUUGCAAUGAUCAAAGGAUUACAAGUAUUAAUGGCACGCAUGGAAACAGUUUUUAUAGAUGCAAUACGUAGAAAUAUAUAUGCAGAAUUACAAGAUUUUGUGCAACUUACAUUACGAGAACCAUUACGUAAAGCAAUUAAAAAUAAAAAGGAUCUUAUUAGGAGUAUAAUCGUAUCUGUGAGAGAAACUUGUGCAGAUUGGCAUUUUGGAGUUGAACCAUUAGGAGAUCCUGCAUUAAAAGGAAAGAAGGAUCCUGAUAAUGGAUUUGGUAUUAAAGUACCUCGACGAAAUGUUGGACCUUCUUCAACACAACUUUAUAUGGUUCGUACAAUGUUGGAAUCAUUAAUUGCAGAUAAAAGUGGUGGAAAACGUACUUUGAGAAAAGAUAUUGAUGGUCAGUAUCUUGUACAAAUUGAUCAAUUUCAUAAAACUAGUUUCUACUGGAGUUAUCUCUUAAAUUUUAGUGAAUCAUUACAAGAUUGUUGUGAUUUAUCUCAAUUAUGGUAUAGAGAAUUUUAUUUAGAAAUGACUAUGGGUCGAAAAAUACAGAAAUGCCAAGUUCGUCACCAGCAUAAUGAAGAAUGCAGCGACUUGAUCACCAUGGAGAAGCGUAUUCAGUUUCCUAUUGAGAUGUCAAUGCCAUGGAUCUUAACUGAUCAUAUAUUACGAAGCAAGGAACCAUCUAUGAUGGAAUAUGUUUUAUAUCCACUUGAUUUAUAUAAUGAUAGUGCAUUAUAUGCUUUAACAAUAUUUCGUAAACAAUUUCUUUAUGAUGAAGUAGAAGCUGAAGUAAAUUUAUGUUUUGAUCAAUUUGUUUAUAAACUUAGUGAACAAAUUUUUGCUCAUUAUAAACAAUUGGCUGCAAGUAUAUUAUUAGAUAAGAGAUUUCGAGUAGAAUGUGUUGCAUUAGGAGCAUAUUUACUUCCGUAUCCUCGCGCUAACAGAUAUGAAACUUUAUUAAAACAAAGACAUGUUCAGUUACUUGGAAGAAGUAUUGAUUUGAACAAAUUAAUUACACAACGCAUUAAUGCAGAUAUGCAAAAAUCAUUAGAUUUAGCAAUUAGUAAAUUUGAAUCUGGCGAUAUCACAGGAGUUGUUGAGUUGGAAGGACUUCUACAAGUGAAUCGUCUUACCCAUAAACUUUUAAGUAAAUGGCUUGCGUUAGAUGAAUAUGAUGCCAUGUUUCGUGAAGCGAAUCAUAAUGUUUUAGCUCCAUAUGGAAGAAUAACUCUUCAUGUAUUUUGGGAAUUGAAUUAUGAUUUUUUACCAAAUUAUUGCUAUAAUGCAGCAACAAAUAGAUUUGUAAAAUGUCGUGGACUUCAAUUUGUACAAGCAGUACAUAGAGAUAAACCUCCACAAAUGUCUCAUCAUUAUCUUUGGGGAAGUAAACAAUUAAAUUUAGCAUAUAGUACACAAUAUGGACAAUAUUCGGGAUUUGUUGGACCACAACAUUUCCGUACAAUGUGUAAACUUCUUGGAUAUCAAGGUAUUGCAGUAGUAAUGGAAGAGCUUCUAAAAAUUGUAAAAUCUCUAAUUCAAGGAAGUUUACAUCAAUUUACUAAAACAUUAAUGGAAGCUAUGCCAAAAGUCUGUAAACUUCCAAGAUAUGAUUAUGGAUCACCAGGAGUUUUAGGAUAUUAUCAUGCUCAAUUAAAUGAUAUUGUGCAAUAUCCAGAUGCUAAAACUGAGCUUUUUCAUAAUUUUCGCGAAUUUGGUAAUACUAUUUUAUUUUGUCUUUUAAUGGAACAAGCUUUAUCACAAGAAGAAGUUUGUGAUUUGUUACAUGCAGCACCUUUUCAAAAUAUAUUACCUAGACCAUAUUGUAAAGAGGGUGAAAAACCGGAGACUAAACAAAAACGACUUGAAGCUAAAUAUGCAGCUUUACAAAUUGUUCCCAAUGUAGAUAAUUUAGGUACUGCUAAACAAGCAAUGAUUGCCAGAGAAGGAGAUUUAUUAACACGAGAACGACUUUGUUGUGGUUUAUCAAUAUUUGAAGUAGUACUCAGUAGAUUACGUAGUUUUUUAGAUGAUCCUAUUUGGGUUGGCCCUCCUCCUGUAAAUGGAGUAAUGAAUGUCGAUGAAUGCACAGAAUUUCAUAGAUUAUGGAGUGCAUUACAAUUUGUAUAUUGUAUUCCGGUUGGAGAAACAGAAUUUACUGUUGAAGAAUUAUUUGGUGAAGGUUUACAUUGGGCAGGAUGUGCUAUGAUUGUAUUACUCGGUCAACAAAGAAGAUUUGAAGCACUUGAUUUCUGUUAUCACAUUUUAAGAGUACAACGUGUUGAUGGCAAAGAUGAAAAUGUUAAAGGAAUUCAUUUAAAGAGAAUGGUAGAUAGAAUUAGAAGAUUCCAAGUAUUAAAUUCACAAAUUUUCGCUGUAUUAAAUAAAUAUUUGAAGAGUGGAGAUAGCGAUGCAACAAGUGUUGAACAUGUUCGAUGUUUUCCACCUCCAAUUCAUCCUUCACUUGCUCAUGCACAACAACAACAUUAUCAUACACCAGAAUAUUUACGCCAAAUGAAUCAUCAGUAAAGUAGUAAGAAUAAUUAUAUAAGUAAUUAUUUAUAAGAUUAGAAGAUUAAAUUUUAUUUUUUAAAUAAUUUAUAAUAAGAUUUUGAAACAUUUAAAUUUUUUUUUUAAUAUG